GGCGAAGUUCUAAGAAAGGCCAGAGAGAGAAUCAGUUCCUUGGACCUCAGCAUUGUUUCUUGCCAAGAGAAUGUUAAGAGUCUGUUGAGCAUGUGGGUACAACUGGGAUUGUGAAACCAAUAGUUAAACCCUCAGUUUUCCUUACAUCUCUGUUUAGCCCAGAGAACCACUCUUAGAUUGCAGGUAGAAUUGAAGCGGGGAAUACAACAGAACAAGCAGGACGCAAUGUUUGGAGAUCCAAUUAGCUAAACAAGUUCAACAUUGCUUUGGCUGAGUUAAUCAGUAUGGCUGAUACCUGGUUAUCUGGAGUAGAGCAGAAAAAUUAUGCCUGCUUUCCCUUGGGACUCCUUGGAACUUUCACAGUGACAUCUUCUGGGAUUUCUGUCUGGAGUGUGCAGACUGGUGCCUAAAAUGGAAGUAGACAUUAAUGGCGAACCCCGAAGUACCCUGAGCACCCUACCCUUGCCUGUGGCUGAGGCGAGCUCUCCGGGAAAGGCGGACACUGAGAAGCCGCGCUGCUCCAGCACGCCCUGCUCCCCGAUGCGUCGGACUGUGUCAGGCUACCAGAUUCUGCACAUGGACUCUAAUUAUCUGGUGGGCUUCACCACGGGCGAGGAACUCCUCAAGCUGGCCCAGAAGUGCACGGGAGGCGAGGAGAGCAAAGGGGAAGCCGUGCCUUCUUUGCGCUCCAAACAGCUGGACGCAGGACUGGGGCGCUCCUCAAGGCUCUACAAAGGCAGGAGUCGGUACUACCAGCCCUAUGAGAUCCCUGCGGUCAAUGGCAGGAGGCGCCGGCGGAUGCCCAGCUCAGGAGACAAGUGCACUAAAUCCUUACCUUAUGAACCUUACAAGGCCCUCCAUGGGCCUCUGCCUCUUUGUCUUCUUAAAGGUAAGAGGGCUCACUCGAAAUCCCUGGACUACCUCAAUCUAGAUAAAAUGAGCAUCAAGGAGCCAGCUGACACAGAAGUGCUUCAGUACCAGCUGCAACACCUAACCCUGCGUGGGGACCGCGUGUUCGCCCGGAAUAACACAUGAAAUGACUGGCGCAGAGUGCCAACCUGCGGAGGUCAACCUACACUUGGCUAGACCACACACACAGACACACACACAGACACACACACAGACACACACACACACACACACCACACCA